AUGGACGCAUCGCCGCUCACCCGCCAACCUCCACCAGAGGUAUUUACGCCCAAGAUCGUCCAACUAUAUUCCUCCCUUUUCAAGGACGAUGACGAUGAUGGUGGAGAGAAGUCGGACGGUUUCUGGAAAGAGUUCUUCCUGUUGCGGCCAGAUCUGGAGAGCUUGCGGAACUUGUUGAAUGAUCUAUCCCCGGCCGCGACACUGUUCUCUGAAGGUCGAACGAGGGAGCUCUUUGGUGCAGCAAUUGCGACCGUGAAGACAGGGCAAGGCUCUGCUCCUUCGCAUGCAUUGGAUACUCUGACCACUUAUCUCUCCUGUCUGCUGUCCAAGAGAUACCCGCACCCCAGCUCCGACAUCAUUUCCGUUCUAGCCGGGCUCGAUCAUAUUGACAGCGUGUUCGCCGAUUUCAUCAGCACCUUGGACUCAAUAGUUCGAAAUGGAGAAAGCUUAAUCAUACGGCACAAGGCUGUCAAGGUGCUGCUCGCGGCUACCGCCGGCGCAUAUCAGACCACUCUUCUGACAUACAUGAUUCAAAGGGACCUGUUCCCAGCUGUAAUGAAGUUUAUACAAGAUUCAGAAAAGCCUGGUCCAGUGCUAGAGCCUUUUAUCCUUUUAGGACUACUUGCCAACUACAACAAGUUCGAGUCUCAAAAUCCGUAUCAGCUCCGAUUCAACGAUUUCGUUAACGAAUCAACGAUUCAAAAAAUCGUGCAGUGUGUUGGUUACACUUGUCAAGCGCUGCGGCUAGACUACAUCGACGUCCAAGACGACCUCCCGGAAGGCUGGACAUGGAGCAACACUCUGAAUCUUAUCGGUCUUGGUCUGAUAGUCCGUGGCCCGAAGCCUGACAAGAAACCACUCCAUGAUGUGGCGACAGCGAAGCAGUUAUUUUCCGAGCUUCCUGCUGCCAGUGCGGCAGUCUUGCUGGCCGCGUAUGACUUUGCGCAUGCCAACAAGCUGUUUUGCUUCAAUUUGGUGUCAAUGCCCGGUGAAGCUGGAAGCGAGCGCCCAAUUGCAAGCUAUCUAUCUCUCACAUCCUACAUGCUUCAACAUGCUUAUCUGUCGCAUCGAGCAUCCUGCUACGCGCAUUUGAACCUCAUGGUCCUUCGCUUGCUUGUCGAGGACCCAGCAACUUGUAGAAGAAUUUGCAGCGAUGAAGUGAAAGCUCCUGUGCGACUCUGCAGGCACCGGCAACCAUUCCUGCCUUUAGUCAAGGAAGAUCGGGUGCUCGCCGCCAGCGUUCUUGACUGCAUGAUUGAUGGAAUCAACCAUAACCUUAGGCGACGAUUGGACGUCAGCCUUUACACGCUCUGCCUGGGUAUACUGUUGCGAACCAUCUCCUUCCUGUCCCGUUCGAGAACUCGUCUUGCCUAUCAUUGGUCGGAAUUUUUCCGAUCGUUGCUCUCCCUUGUUCGUUUCCUAACAACGUACACCUCUGACCUGAAACAUCUCACCCACAUCAGCACGCUACUUGAUCAUGUCGUCAAUCUGGUCGCGCUUUCACUGUCCGCGGGAGAGGCAUUUCUGCCGACACCGGCCGCUUAUGAUGAUCUGUUUUACAAGGUAGUCGAAUCCGGGGAAGUUCUUUCCAAAUUCAAAAAGAGCUAUGGCCUAGGAAACAGGAAAAGCAAUUCCAUCGACACCCUCAUCAGCGUCAGCACUCAUUACGAGCAAAUGCUGACCGAGGGAGGCGACUCGGCGAAGAAGAAACCAAGGAACCUGACUACCCUUCAAGUGACAGAGGUUAUAAAACAGGGAUACGAAACGUUGAGCAUCCAGGCGAAGGAGGGCUUGGAUAAGUGGGACAAGUUUAGAGAGGCAGACGAGAGAAGUCUACUGAAGCAGAUGGCAAGAGUCUCGGUCGUCGAUGCGAGAGUGACGGUCGACAAGGACGUUUGA